UUAGCGGCAAAAAAAGUAUUUUUUUGUGUUUAUAUAAAGUUUUUAAUAAAUUUAAACGGAAUGAGCAUACUUACAAUAAAAUCGAGUAUGGAACUUAAUAGCUGGAAAGAAAAACUACAUGAUGUGACUGGAAAAUUAGUGAAUGAACCUGUUAAGGAGAUUUUAUCGAGUAUAAAAGAUUUUGAUAGUUCCAGCGUAAAUGAGGAUGAAUAUUUUCGAGUUUUGGCUACUAAGAUGAAUGAUUUAUCAGGACUAAAGCUUCAUUUUGAUGAUUUGGAAGUUAUUGAUCUGAUCACGAAUGUAAUGAUGAUAUCCUCUAAUAAUUCCUUAACAUGCAUCAAGUUUGCUAAAAUCAACUUCAAACUAUUCUACAGCAACUCAGAACUUACAAAAUCAACAGUCUUUCUUGAGAACUUUAUCAAAAGUUUGUGCCUGUUAAUUGUAGAAUCGAUAGCUAAAACUAGUCAAAAUGAGUCACGGAAGUUUGCUAAAGUUCAGCUUUGCAUUAUAAUUGAACUCCAGCAUUUAUUUACACCAGACGAUUUUAGAGGAAAUCAAUACAUUGAGAGAUUAUUUAUCAAGUUAAUUAAUGAAGACAUUUCGGAAUUAGAGGAACAAUUCACAACGAUUUUGAGCAAGCAGCUUGAAAAUUCAAAAUUCUGUCAAGACAUGUUUAUCAUUGAACAAGAAGAAUCUUAUAAUGAUUUCCUUCGAUAUUGUUUGCUCAUUUUACAGCAAGUUGGCAGUCAAGAUGUGACAGAAAAGGAAGCGAAUUUUGUGUGCCUGCUUAUUUCAUCGCUAGCAAAGCAUAUAGACAUACUUGAUAAUGAUACUGAAAUAUUCGAUUACCUUUUAAUAGAAUUAACAAAUUUAAUUGUAAAGCUGAACAUAAGUAAUCAGAAUUUUGAGAUAAUAGAGUUACAGCUGAUUGAAGGAAUCAUCGGAAAUGACUACAGCCUGAGUGUAAUGACUUUCUUGAUAAUGUGUCAAUUUGUAUUGAGUAUUGGAUCCACUGAAGCCAUUAAAUCAUAUUUUGUAUUAUUUCAAGACUUAUUGCUGCACAUGUGGAAUCCAGUGCUUCAAUUUUGUGAGCUACGGCAAGUUUACAUUGGAGAAUUGCUAAAAAUAAUGUACAAUACCGAAAAGUCAAUUGUGAAAAUGCUUAUUAAGCCUAGUUUAAUGACUUUCUUCAAUGACAGCGACGAUAAAAAAUCUGAAGACUUUACUUCAAGCUUCCUAAAACUCAAAUUCGAUCCAACGUCCAAAAACUAUUAUAAUUUAAUCAGCAGUAGUUUAAUUCCAAGUGAAAAGUCAUCAAAGGAACUUAUAUCCUUAAUUCAAGUCAUAGGCUCGUCAGACUGGAAAGUUUUCUCGUCACUAGUCAUUAACAUCAUUGACUUAAUCGCAACGACUAAAGAUCACGAAAAAAAAAUGUUGUAUCUGCUCAAAUUUAAUCCACUUAAAGCCAUGAAGAAACUUGGAAAUGGUUUGCCAAUACAAAUAGCUCAUAAACUUCUUGAAAUGUGCUUAACAUUUAUGUCCAAAACAAAUGGAUGUAACGGACUAAAAAAUUAUAUUAAAACAACAUUGGAUAUGCUAUUAGAAAGAGAUGUGUCGCUGCGUAGACUGUAUUUAAAUUUGAGAAUGAGCAAAACGGUAAUGAUAAAAGAAGAGGAAACGCUAAUUAGUAACAUAGAAGAUAUGCUGAAAGCUUCGAAUACUGUUAGUCUGAAGCACUUGUGUAAAGAGAAAAUAAUUGGACAUAAAGAGGAGUCAUGCCACUUAGAGAAUCUCGAGAAAAUGCUAAUCUACUCGAAAUGGCUGUCGAAUCAAAAUAAUUUAACUCCACGGGAAUCUGAAAUUAUUGAUCAAAUUGUUGCCAAUUUAAAGAAAGUAUCUACCUAGACUUGACAUUGCUGCCUUCUAAAGUUUUGUAUAUAUUCAAAAAUAAAAAGAAUAAAGUUAAAAAUUUUAAAAUU